CCGUAGAAGAAGAAAAAGAAGCGGAAGGCGGAAGUGGCUGUGAAGCACGACAGGACAAACGUGUGUGAAGUGGCUGGGCGAGCUGUCAUCUGGAAAGUUCCAGCAGAACAAACCUCUGAGCAGGAGGCGAGAGUUUAUUACAGAGUUUGUCCACCGAAAGGGGAGAAAGAAACACUCUGUACGUCCAACAUGUCUGUAAUCUCCGAGGACAGCGUCCGCGGCGGGAGCCUGUUCAAGGACUUGAGCGCCGAUAACGACGACUGGGAGCCCACCGAGAUCGAGAGCCUGUGCAUGAACUGCUACAAGAACGGUACGACACGUUUACUCCUCACCAAGAUCCCCUUCUUUAAAGAGAUCAUCGUCAGCUCGUUCAGCUGCCCUCACUGCUGCUGGUCCAACACGGAGAUCCAGUCCGCAGGCCGGAUCCAGGACCAGGGCAUCUGUUACACCCUGAAAGUCAAAACAAAAAAGGACUUGAACCGGGAAGUUGUGAAAGCAGACAGCGCGACCACCAGGAUCCCUGAAGUGGAUUUUGAAAUCCCCCCCUUCACUCAGAAGGGUGCACUGUCCACCAUCGAGGGUCUCUUGGACCGGGCGGUUGCAGGGUUGGAGCAGGAGCAGCCCGUCAGGCGAGCCACUCACCCCGAGGUGGCUGACAAGAUAGAUGAAUUCAUCCAGAAGCUCAAGAAGUUAAAGGAGGUUGAAAGCGAGUUCACUCUUGUGAUUGAGGAUCCGUCCGGCAACAGUUUUGUGGAAAAUCCUGUGGCCCCUCAAAAAGACGAGGCCCUCACCGUGUCCAGGUUCAAGCGGACGGUGGAGCAGGACAUCCAGCUGGGACUGAGGGCGGAGGACGACCCGGGCGAGGGCGAGGGCGCGGACGAGGAACCUGCAAGCGGCGAGCUGGAUGCCAUGAGAAACGAGGUUCUGGUCUUCAACACCAACUGCUCGAUGUGCAACGCGCCGGCCUCCACCAACAUGAAGCUCGUCCAGAUCCCUCACUUCAAGGAGGUCAUCAUCAUGGCCACAAACUGCGACAGCUGCGGCCACAGGACCAAUGAGGUGAAAUCAGGUGGGGCCACGGAGGAGCUGGGGACCAAAAUGACCCUGCACGUCACCGACCCUUCAGACAUGACCCGUGACGUGCUCAAGUCCGAGACGUGCUCCGUCCUGAUCCCGGAGCUGGAGUUCGAGCUGGGGAUGGCAGCCGUGGGCGGGAAGUUCACCACCCUGGAGGGGCUGCUGAAGGACAUCAAAGAUCUGAUUGUCUCCAGAAACCCCUUCAUCUGCGGCGACAGCGGCACUUCAGAUCAGAUGCAGAAGCUGCAAGAGUUUGGGGAGAAGAUAGACAAAAUCAUAGCCGGGGAAAUGGAUGUGCACAUCGUCCUGGACGACCCGGCGGGGAACAGCUACCUGCAGAACGUGUACGCCCCGGAGGAAGACCCCGAGAUAACCACGGAGAAGUACACCCGCACGUUUGAGCAGAACGAAGACCUCGGCCUGAAUGACAUGAAGACGGAGGGAUAUGGGGAGGAAAAGUGAGCUGCUCACAGCGGCUGAAAGGACUGAAUGAGUCGAUACGUCGACGACGUCUUGUCAGAAACCCAGUCUAUUUAUCUUGCUCCAUAUUUUCUCAUGUUUUCAGACAUUUUAAGUUUAAAAAACUGGGUGUUUCCAUCAGUAUAUUAUUGGUGAGGGGGACUGUUUAAGUUGUUGUAAAUGUAGACUGAAAAUAAACUACACAUGGGAGCAGCUUUGAUUUGUACACGCUGAUGCUAAAUCUGCAUUGUUGCAUUCUUGCAACUUCCCAGAAGAUGGCGCCCUGUUAUCUCUGAUUAAAAGGAUUGUUGUCUGUCAGAGGACCACAUGCUGUGUGACAAAUUAAUCUUUUUAUACACCUGUUAGCACAACAUGCUCUCAGUAAAGUGUUAUCUUUGAUAGUUUAGCUCUGCUCUUUUGAACUGGCAGAUGUUGAAAGCUGUUGAAAGAGAGAACUUUAAUAUUUAAUGUUGUAUCAUAGAUUCAUUUCAGAUGGCAGUUUUCUGGGUGUAUCUUUGUAAUUUACUUGAGGAAAUAGCCAGAAUUUAUCAAACAAAGACUUAUUAGGAUUCUUCAAAAAUGCAGGAUCAUCUUUGUAUAAUUAUACAUUUGGGAUGAACUAAAUAUUUCCUUUAUGAGUUGAUCAUUUUGUUGUCAGAAAGUAGAGGAAAAAGCCUGAUUUGCAGCAAGUAAUCCCAGAGAUAUU